AUGGGCUUGGCUCUAUAUGCUUGGUUCAAGAUGGAUUUUGGGCUUAAUAUGACAAGGCAUUCAUCCAUGGCAAUUUCCAUCUCCACCCCUCACUCAACCCUCCUCUACCUUCUCCUCCUCCUCACAACCCUCCCCGCCGUCUCAUCCACACGUGCCGCCAUCUGGACCGUUCCGCCCCAGAUACGCAACAUCAUCGAAGCGCUCAUCAACGCCGGCAAUUUUGGAAGCUGGGCCAACGUCCUCCACGGCACAAAUCCAUCAUCCUUCCCUCUCUCAGCCAUUCUCUUCAUCCCGAGCGAUGAUGCCCUGGCCCACCUUUCUCUCAGACCCAUCGUCGACGUGUCACUCAUCCAAAUCCCCCAUCAGUUCGCGUUCUACGAUCUGCAGCAGUUCCAGAUAGGCGCCCGUAUAUCAACACUCCUUCCGAACAAGACGAUCGUCAUCACUAACAACACUCGAUCGAAUUUCACCGUCGAUGAUAGUCUCAUCAUCCAUCCCGAUCUGCAGCAGUUCCAAAAAAAAAAAAAAAUCCAUAAAAAAGUCAGGUGGGUCCUAUGA